AUGAGCUGUACUGUGUUUGCCUUUCUGUUGUGUUCUGCAGAAAGGUCUGAGACUUUGCAUAUUUUUACAGGAGCCUUUGCAAACCCCCAAGAUAAGCUUGCCCAUGUGGACACAUAUGAAAGGAUAAUACCUCGUAAACUGCCAACAACUUUGGGGAAGAGAGACCUUUCUGCACAACUUAGUACAUAUCCUGACCAUAUUGUCUAUGGCAUCCGAGCCGAAGGGAAGGAUUAUGUUCUUUAUCUGGAAAAGAAUAAGGGACUGCUUGGGGAGCACUACACUGAAACCUAUUAUUUAGAAAAUGGUACAGAAGUCACUGAGAAGCCGGACACCCAGGAUCACUGCUUUUAUCAUGGGCAUGUUCAGGGUUACAGUGACUCAGUGGCCAGCAUCAGUGCCUGCAAAGGACUACGUGGAUUUUUUGGGACUAAUCAAGCCAUCUAUUUAAUUGAGCCACUGGGAGAGAAUGAGAAGAUGGAGCAUGCUGUGUACAAGGCAAAACACCUGAGAAUGAAGCGUGCAACCUGUGGAGACUCCAAUAUCACUUUGGAAUAUGAUCAUGAGCCAAAAAUUGCCGCACCCAUGAAACUCCAUCAUUGGAAAUCUGAUCCAUUACAGAAAGGGCCCUGGUAUGUGGAGCUGGUUUUGGUAGUGGACAAUGAGGAGUAUAAGAAAUACAGAGACUUGCGGACAGUCCAGAAUCGCAUGAAGGAAAUUGUGAAUCACGUUGACAAGCUUUAUCAGCCUCUCAAUCUCCGUGUGGCCUUAAUAGGCCUGGAAGUCUGGAAUGACAGAGACAGGAUCACUGUGAGUCCCAACCCAGACACCACGCUGGAAAAUUUCCUUCUCUGGCGAGAUACUCACCUGAUAAAGAGGAAGAAGCAUGACAAUGCACAGCUGAUAACAGGGAUAGACUUCCAGGGAACCACUGUAGGGCUUGCUAAGAAGUUUGCCAUGUGCACCAGGAACUCAGGAGGAGUGAAUCAGGACCAUAGCAUGAAUCCUAUUGGGGCUGCAUCAACCAUGGCUCAUGAGAUGGGACACAAUCUAGGAAUGUCUCAUGAUGAAGACAUUGAUGGCUGCAGGUGCAUGGCCCCCAAAACUGAUGGAGGAUGUGUUAUGGCAGCAAGUGUUGGCAUAAUUUACCCAAAGUACUUCAGCAGCUGUAGCACAAGUGACCUGCAGACAUUUCUCAGUGACCCCAGAACUAGCUGCUUGCUGAAUGUCCCCAAGGCUGAUGAGUUGUAUGGCGGGCCUGUCUGCGGGAACCAGUUCAUAGAGCGAGGGGAGCAGUGUGACUGUGGAACACCCAAGGAAUGCCGGGAUCCCUGCUGCAAUGCUACCACCUGCCAACUCAGCGAGGGAGCAGAGUGCGCUCAUGGAGAAUGCUGUCAUCAGUGCAAGGUGAAGGCUGCUGGAGUGCUGUGCCGUACCAGCAAGAACAGCUGCGAUCUACCUGAAUACUGCACUGGCCAUGAACCUGAGUGUCCAGAAGAUGUCUUCCAAGAAAAUGGCAUCUCAUGCCAGAAUGGAAAUGGCUACUGUUACAAUGGGGCUUGUCCCUCACACCUUGAGCACUGCCGCAUACUCUGGGGUGCAGCUGCCCAGGUGGCCCCUGAUGUCUGCUUCCAGUACAACAGCCAUCAGAAUCAGUACGUGCACUGUGUGACUGAGUCUGGGAAAAAACCCUGCCUCCCCAAGGAUGUUAAGUGUGGCACACUGCACUGCAUGAAUGGGAAUGAUAACCCUACCAUAGGAGGUCGCUUCCGUACUUUGUCAUUUGGAGGGGUGACAUGCAAAACAGCAAUCGCUGAUGAGGAUGACAAUGAAAUGGUGACAAACCUCAUGGUGGUGCCAACAGGCACCAAAUGUGGAGAGGAAAUGGUCUGCUAUGCUGGGCGCUGUCAGAACCUCCUGAUUUAUGGUGCCAAAAACUGCUCUGCCAAAUGCAACAAUCAUGGGGUUUGCAAUCACAAGAGGGAAUGCCACUGUGAACCCGGCUGGGCACCACCCUACUGUGAUCGAAAGCUGUCAGAGAUUGCAUCAGGCAGAAGUAGUAUAAUUGUUGCGGUCGUGCUGACAGUGGUGGUACUAUUGGCUGUUCUGAUUGUUGGAGGCCUAGUGUUUUUCAAAGGCCAUGGGAAGAAAUACUUCCAGAAGGGAAGAGUCGUAACCAACACCAGCACUCCUGCUGGACUCUCUAACCCCUUGUUUCAAGAGAGCUACAGUAAUGGAAACACAGGGAAUGCCCUGCAGAGAUCUGGCAUUGGUAGGCCAAACUUGAUUGCUACAACGUUGGACCUGAAGGGCUCCAAGUCUGUGCAGAUCCCAGUAGGUCCCAGCUGGCCACCACUGGAGCCUCCUGCAUUAGCUGCCAGUGCCCACCCGAGACCUCCAGUUCCUCCAGCCAAACCUACACAGGUGAAGCCAGAUCCACCAAGCAGGCCACUCCCAGAGCUGAAAAGCAAACAGUUUAAAGAAGGAAAUCAACCUGGCUCGACUUUGGCAGGUGUCGGGACACCAUCCUCGCCAUCUCUGCCCAUUCCCCCAGCCAAGCCUGCAGCCCUCAAAUUUCAGCCUAGCCAGCACCAGCCUCAGAAGGGAGUCUCUCCAAAAGUCGCACUGAAACCUCCUGCUACCCAGAGAUGACGCAGACUGCACUAACUACGAAAUGAGAAGAGUUUCUUUGUGUGAGAUGAUCGAACAUAUCUGCUUCUAGCUUCAAUGGUACUUGAAUUGCUUGCGGAGUCUUCCUUCAAGGUCUUGAGUGUUUACAUGAAAUGUUUGACUGAGUCGUGCCUUAACUUGGAUCCUGUAGCUUUAUAUAUAAUUCACCAGUGGAAGGACAUCUGGCAGCUGUUCAGACACCAGCAUGGGGCCUACAGCUAUACAAACAGGGAAACAUUUACAGGCUGGGCAGAAGUAAGGUGCAGGAAACCUCCCAAGCAUCCCAAAAGGAGAGGAAAGUUUGUUUUAAAUCCAUAGAUACCUCUGCUCCCUCCUGCACAGGCAUGACUGGGAAGCCAGCUACAGUUGCAGCUCUGACUUCUAUUCUGGAUGUGGUCUGCAGCUCUGUGACCUGUACCUCUCUGUCCCACGGGCUGCCAAGAGCACAUGUCUCAGCAUGGAAUGCUUUAGGUCCAUUUGGGUUGCUGGAACAGGACAUGCUGGAAACUUCAGUCUCUGCUGGCUGCACCCUGCUAUGCCUUACGUCAUUGUUUUGUGGCUCUCAGGUCUUUGGCAUAGCAAAUAUGCCCCCAGAGCAGCCUUUGCUCCCUCCUCUUGGUUCACCCCCUUCUGUACACAGGCCUGUCUUGCAGGGGGAGAGUCUGACACUGUAUUACAGCCUUCUAAUUCACAGACAGGACCUUCUUAGCUCUUUCAGUGACCAUCUUCUCAGCACCUAGGAAUCUAAGCCCAGUCACACAGGUUUGAGGGCAAAGGCAUAUCAGGAACUCAUCUCCUAGCCUUUUCUUAUUACUCUCCAGGGGACAUUUCCUUCCUUGAAGCAAAGUGUGGCUAUCCAGGCCAGAAGCCAUGGCCUCUCAACCAUCAGCUCCUGAACAUUUAGCUGCACUGCAGAACAGGCACAGCAGGACAGGAGGAACAAGGCUUCUAGCUGGAGCAGGCUGCAGUGGUGCUACUGUUUGAGAAGCUCCUAUGCUUUGGCAGCAUGGAGGUGUAAUCCACACAAAGCUGGUUGCAGACACUUUUUCCAACAUAGAUUUUUAGACCAGCUGACUGCAGUGAGCAGGAAGGUUCAGCUGAUGAUUUUCUUCAGGGCACUAGCUAGCCUGGUACAGAGCUCAGGAACAUGACAGACUGGGGACAGGACUGUGGGGAGUUCUCUGAAAUAGGCUGCUGCUGCCAUUAAAAAUCUGCACUCAAUAAAUAAAACAGUCACAUCCACCUGGGCUGUCUCACUCUCCCUGGGGUU